AUGGGUCUCUUCCUCUUGGCUGAAGGUGUUCACGCCAAAAUGGACACACCCCGUUCGCGAUUCUUCUGGGAAGGUUCGGGGCCAAAGCGUAAAUACCACAUGGUGAAAUGGGCCGCGGUCUGCCGCCCCAAAGACUUGGGGGGCCUCGGGAUGACAAACACGAGAAUCCUCAACAUUGCACUAAUGUGCAAAUGGAUUUGGAAGAUAUCCCAAGGGGCGACCAGCCUGUGGGUCGACCUGCCGCGGGCCAAGUACUUCCCGAACGGGAACUUUUUCGAAGGUGCAGCUAGGGGCUCACCUUUCUGGAACGACCUCCAAGCUAUUCGUCCGGCAUUUGCCAUGGGGGCCAAGUUCAUCAUAGGCGACGGUAGAUCGGCCAGGUUCUGGCUUGAUUAUUGGGCCGGCUCCCAACCUCUCUGGUCGGAAUUCCAGGACCUUUACGCUUUGGCCGUCAACCCGAACCAAUCCGUGGCCUCGGCCCUUGCACGCCCCCCCCCGGCGAUCCACUUCCGCCGGGAGCUCAACGGGCAAGAAGAUGCGAACCUAGCGACGCUGCUCGCGCUUAUCAGCCCGGUGGAGCUGUCCACGUCUGCGGACUCGGUGACUUGGGCUCUCACCGCGUCCGGCAAGUUCUCGGUCAAAUCCCUUUACCGUAAACUUUGCCAAGAAGUGGAGUCCGUUGGCGAGGCGCAGGGAUGCUGA